ACAGGCGCGUCGGUGAUGGGGCUGGAGGCCCCGCCCCCGCGUGCCGUGUGCAAAAACAAACAGCCGUUAGGGAGGAGGUGCCGGGGGCGGGGCCUGGCUAGAAGAGGUCGCACGAUUGGGCGGCCGCCGGGGUUCAAACCAGCAAGGCGAGCGGGGAUUGGCCGGGGCGGUGCGGAGCGGGCCCCGGUUAUUGUCCGGGCUCCGGCGGCGGCAGCGGCGGCGGCGGCGGUCGGUGCUCCGGGGUGGCGGCUCGGCGGCGGCGGCGGCGGCUCGGCGGGAGCGAGGGCGGGAGCGGCCGAGACCAUGGCUGGAGGCAAAGCCGGAAAGGACAGUGGGAAGGCCAAGGCUAAGGCAGUGUCUCGCUCCCAGAGAGCCGGUCUGCAGUUUCCCGUGGGCCGCAUCCACAGACAUUUGAAGACUCGCACUACGAGCCACGGGAGGGUCGGUGCCACGGCUGCUGUCUACAGUGCUGCGAUCCUGGAGUACCUCACUGCGGAGGUGCUGGAGCUGGCGGGCAACGCUUCCAAGGACCUCAAGGUAAAGCGGAUCACUCCGCGCCACUUGCAGCUUGCAAUCCGUGGUGAUGAAGAGUUGGAUUCUCUUAUCAAGGCGACCAUCGCUGGGGGUGGUGUGAUCCCGCACAUCCACAAGUCUCUGAUUGGAAAGAAGGGACAGCAGAAAACCGCUUAGAGCAUCGUUUUAACCAACCCCCUUCCUCCCCGUCAUUGUACUGUAACUGGGACAGAAGAAAUAAUGGGGAUAUGUGGAAUUUUUAAAAGAGGCGGAUGGAAAAGCAUAGACAAUGACCGUAGACGCGCUAAGAGACAUUUGUACGUUCUUAGGCUCAAAGUUUGAUAAAGUACCUUUCCAUGUGGCGGCACUCGUGUGUUGAUUGCUAGGGUCCUCCCGUGUGUUUUAUACAAAAAUGGAAUUGAUAAACCAGUUUUUACAAAAA